AUGAAUUAUACUGAUGCUCAGAAAGUGCAGUUUGGUACCCACAUGCUCGAGAAGGAAGCUGAGGAUUGGUGGGGUAACAUUGCUCAGAGGUUUGAUGAAGAGGAUGUCCGUGGAAAGAAAGAGGUGGAAUUCCUCGAGUUAAAGCAAGGUAAUGGUACCGUAGCGGAGUAUGCUGCGAGAUUCCAAGAGUUGAUCAAGUAUUGUCCUCAUUACAAUACUAUGAAUGAAGAGAGUUCUAAAUGUUUGAAGUUUGUGAACGGAUUGCAACCUGAUAUCAUGAAGGCUAUUGAUUACCAACAGAUCACUCGUUUUAUGGAGUUGGUUAACAAUAGCCGAAUCUAUGAUGAGUAUAGUAGGGAGAGUAGUUCCCACUACAAGUCUAUGAAUAAUAUGAAAGGCAAAGGGAAAUUCUGUGGGAAGCCAUAUGAUGACAAGAAGAAGCAAUCUGGUUUUGGCAAGAAGUCAAGUGGGGGAGGAGCUUCUACUCUGAUUAUGUGUUUCAUAUGUGGUGUAGAGGGACAUCGUGCUGUGGAGUGUCCGAAGGUUGAAGUGACAUGUUUCAAGUGUGGCAAGGCGGGUCACAAGGCUAAUAAGUGUUGA